UGCCCUCCUUCCUCCUACUCCUCCUUCCUCCUCCUCCGCCUCCUCCCCCCACGGAGCGGAACGGCGGCGGCGGGAGGCUGCGGAGCGGGUCGGGUCGGCGGGGUCCCCCCUGCCGGGCGGAGGCGGCGGCGGCGCUGGUGGCGGUAGUGGCGGCGGUAGUGGCGGCGGCUGCCUCCGUGGUGGUGGGGGAGGCGGCGGAGGAGGAGGAGGAGGAGAAGAAGCGGCAGCAGGAAAAUGCUGGGCCAGAAGAGAUGAGUGCUCCCUUUACUAAGGCCUAAAACUGCCUGUUGAAAAACAAUCCUGACCAGGCAAUAUACGAAUGGCCCAAGGAAGCCAGCAAAUUGAUAUUCAGGUUUUACAUGACCUGCGACAGAAGUUUCCUGAGGUACCUGAAGGUGUUGUGUCCAGAUGCAUGUUACAGAAUAACAAUAAUUUGGAUGCCUGUUGUGCAGUUCUCUCUCAGGAGAGCACAAAGUAUCUCUACGGUGAAGGAGACCUGAGUUUUUCGGAUGAUUCUGGGAUUCCUGGACUACGAAAUCACAUGACAUCUCUUAAUUUGGAUUUGCAGUCACAAAACAUCUAUCACCAUGGAAGAGAAGGAAGUAGAAUGAAUGGAAGUAGGACUCUAGCUCACAGUGUUAGUGAUGGACACCUUCAAACUAGUCAGUCCAACAAUGAACUGUUUCAGCAGGAACCACAGACAGCACCUGCACAGGUUCCACAAGGAUUUAAUGUCUUUGGGAUGGCUAAUGCAGUUAGUGCUUCUAAUCCGGGGCAGCAUCUUGGAUUCCACCUAGGCAGCAAAGGAGUAUCUAACUUGUCUCAACAAACACCCAGAUUCAAUCCCAUUAUGGUAACUUUAGCCCCAAACAUUCAGCCUGGUCGCAAUACCCCAACGUCUUUGCACAUACAUGGUGUACCUCCUCCUGUACUUAACAGUCCCCAGGGAAAUUCUAUCUAUAUUAGGCCUUACAUCACAGCUCCUGGUGGUACCGCUCGACAGACACAGCAGCAGCCAGGCUGGGCAUCUCAGUUUAAUCCCAUGCACCCUCAGCAAGUCUACCAGCCUUCGCAGCCGAGUCCCUGGACUACUAUUCCUACAUCCAGUACUACGCCACAUACCUCAUCACAACACUCGACACAGCCAAACCAGCAAGGCCACCAGACUUCUCACGUCUACAUGCCCAUCAGUUCUCCUACUACUCCACAAGCACCUAUGAUUCAUUCAUCUGGUAGCUCACAAUCUUCUGUUCAUAGCCAAUACAACAUUCAGAAUAUAUCCACAGGACCUCGCAAAAAUCAAAUUGAAAUCAAACUUGAACCGCCACAAAGAAACAGUUCUUCUAAGUUACGUUCAACUGGCCCUCGCACCUCCACCGUUCCCUCUUCCCUCAACAGCCAGACAUUAAGUAGAAGUCAACCCACUGUUUACAUAUCGGCCAGUCCUCCAAAUACUGAUGAAGUGAUCACACGUGGUCAGCCCAAGGUCUACAUUUCAGCAAAUGCCACGACAGGAGAUGAUCAACUUGUACGGAACCAGCCCACGCUUUUCAUAUCGACAAAUCCUGGAGUAUCUACUACUGCUAGGAAUAUGUCUGGUCAAGUAAGCAUGGGUCCUGCAUUUAUUCAUCACCAUCCACCCAAGAGUCGAGCAGUGGGCAACAGCACCACUGCAACCUCUCCUCGAGUGGUUGUUACACAGCCUAACACAAAAUAUACUUUUAAAAUUACAGUUUCUCCAAAUAAGCCCCCUGCUGUUUCCCCAGGGGUAGUGUCCCCAACUUUUGAACCUACAAACCUUCUAAACCUUCCUGAUCACUAUGUUGAACCAGAGGGUAUCCAGCAUCUCACUGACCCUGUUUUAGCACAUGUGGAUAGGAUCAGUGAUGCACGGAAAUUGAGUAUGGGAUCUGAUGAUGCUGCCUACACACAAGCUUUACUGGUACACCAGAAGGCCAGGAUGGAGCGACUUCAGCGAGAACUUGAGGUUCAAAAGAAAAAGUUGGAUAAACUAAAAUCAGAGGUCAAUGAAAUGGAGAAUAAUCUAACACGAAGGCGCCUGAAAAGAUCGAAUUCUGUUUCCCAAAUUCCAUCACUGGAAGAAAUGCAACAGUUGAGAAGUUGUAACAGACAGCUGCAGAUAGACAUAGAUUGCCUAACCAAAGAGAUUGAUCUUUUUCAAGCAAGAGGACCACAUUUUAAUCCCAGCGCUAUUCAUAAUUUUUACGAUAAUAUUGGAUUUCUUGGUCCCGUGCCACCAAAACCCAAAGAUCAGAGGUCCAUCGUGAAAACACCAAAGACUGUUCCAGACACAGAUGAAGAUGAGGGAGCUCAGUGGAAUUGUACCGCCUGUACUUUUUUAAAUCAUCCGGCCUUAAAUCGCUGUGAACAGUGUGAAAUGCCCAGGCAUUUCUGAGCCAACAGGCCCAUUACCUUCCGUAAAACCAUAGCAAAUGUACAAGGAGUUGUCCAGGCAUUAGGGGGCAAAAAAAGCGUUUAUGCAUAGGAUUUUGUAAAAUGGAAGGUGUGACGAGAUGGUAUUUUGCUAAUGUUAAAUGUCAGCCCACAGAGCAAGCAAUACCUCAGAGUUGUGUCACAGGCAGUUGACGCUGAUCGGCUGAAGGGCAGUCUGCUGAGAGACUCACCAGCUGCCUAAACCAUGUACAGUAUUACCAGUAACACACCUGUUCAGGGCCUGGGUGUUGCCCAUCCUCUUCUCUGCCCCCAUGUCACUACUGAAUUUUGACAGGGGAAAGGAAUGGAGUGCUAGUGUUUUUGUUUUCAGAGCUUUCGGUGAAACACUACAUGCACAGAGGAAAUCUUAAAGGAACAAGGUUUAAAUAUUUAAACUGUUUGCUGCCACAUAGUGCCUUUGAUAAAGGGAAGAGCUUCACAAAUCAGUGGUACUCUUUGCCUUGUCUUCCCUGAAAACAUCUCUGUGAAGCCAGAAAUCAGUACAAUCACAUCUAAAGAUGAAAAGGAAAAACUGCAUGCGUUGUCUGUACAAUACACACAGUGAAAUACCCCCCCAAAGCUUUUCCUACUGUACAUAGCUCUAGAGCCUGCUUUAAGUGAUUUCUUUUCCUCACCUUUAUUAUUUUCUUGUACUUCUGUAUGUAUAGUGUAAUAGUCUUUUUGUUAACUUUCUUUUUUUUCCCUUUAAGUGAUUAAGCACGAUCAUGUCCCUUUUUUUAAGCUUUUAUCUGAGAGAAGCAAUGCCUUAAAAUAAGAGCAUUAAUAAGAAACUAUGCACAAAAUAGCUUUCCUCUGCUCAUUCUGUACAUUGCUCUUGUAAAUGCUGAUGAUCUGUGAAGACCUGCAGAUGCAGCGUGGUAAAAGUACAGGAAAAGUUGAAGAGUUAUGCAUAUAGUUCACUCUGUACACUGAGUUUUACGGUGGGUGACACAAAGGGAGCAUUUUGUCUGGUGUGAGGAAACUUUAUACUAGGAAACGUUCAACCCACCAACAGAUCAGCAUCCGAGUUAAGCUUGCUUCAUCUGCUGCGUGUCCUGCAGACUCCUGAAGAGAGAUUCAUUGGGGAAGUACAUACAGUGCCAAAAUCAACAGCAGCAGCAUCGUACAGCUUUGUUCAAGGACUCUAAAUGCUUUCCUGUUUCGGCAGCCAGUUUCUAAACCUGACUUUGCAGUGAAAUCUCAUAUUUAUAGAAAACAAGGAUAGCAAUAUUUAGGACAACUGAAAUAAAGGCUGGAAAAGAGAAAUCAAACAGACUUGAACACUGAAGCAACCUCAAGCAUCUCUUUUAUUUUGAUGAUCUAUUUUUUUAAGGAAAAUACUCACAUGAUCGGGGAUGUAUGUAACCGAGAGCAAGAAGAUGGAAUUCCAGUACAAUAUGCAUGAAAGACGGCAGGCAAAGAAUUAUGUAGCAGCAGCACUUAGCGUGAGGCUGGAGGGAUUGCUAACAAUGUAGCAAGAGACAAAGUAGACUGUCACCCACUGUAAACAUCUGCCAGUGGACACUUUCAUUAGGAGUUUUACAAGUGAUCUAUGUGAAUGCACAGAGGCCUUUGUUUUGAAGGCUUUGCAUUUUUUUUUAUGUGGGAAGAAAAUGUCAAUCCCAGGUAAUUAGGCAGUAGACCCAAAGCACUUGCAUUCAAUGCAUUUUGUUUAUAAAAUGAGGCCUUGUUUUUCAGCUUCAUCUGCAGUUCUAUGUGAAGAUUGACAAAUCAGUUUUUACCUGUUUAUUAAUAAAACCUAAUUUGGAUAUCUUGAGUUGAUGGUUUUGUGAUUUAGCUGGGUAAACUGCCUUUGUAACAGAUAAGUUAUUUAUAAAAAUUAAAAAAAAUAUAUAUUCUAA